AGUGAGGAGCGGGUAGAGGAGGCGGCGGCGUUCGCGGUGGCGGGGCUUCUGAGACGUGCCAAGCACCCUGAAGCCCUUCCCCUUUCUCCUGAUCUCCAGAAGCAGGGGUCCCGGCCCUCCCUGCAGCUGCCUGGUACUACCGCGCUUGCAGCCCCGCCAGGGCUAAGUAGCCUGCGAGCGGCCCCUGGGGCUGCGUGACUCAGGCAGUUGCCCCGCUUCUCUGUCAGCGCGAUGCCCUGGGCGGCGGCAGGUUCGGGGUCUUCGCGGCUCCAGCCGUGACCACCACAGCAAGCCCGACCGGGCGGUUGGGGCCGUUGGACGUUUGUUUUCGCAGCUUUCCCCUCCCCCCUCGCCGAGGUGACGGGGGUGCGCGUUGGGAAGGGGGAGCCAAGAGACUCCUCCCCCUCCCGAUAUCCCCGCCCCUCCCCCUUACACACUCGCACGCACUAUCGCGCCGGCUCCCACAAGCUCCGCGCCUCCGUGUCGGCUGGCGUCGUCCAGGGCCCGCGGAGCCACCAUGUCCACUGCCUCCUCCUCCUCUUCCUCCUCCAGUUCCUCUCAGAUCCCUCAUCCCCCGCCGCAGAGGAUGCGGCGCAGCGCCGCGAGCUCCCCGCCCGCCGCCGCCGCCGGGAGCGGGAACGGUGCGGGCGGCGGCGGCGUGGGCUGCGCCCCGGCUGCGGGAGCCGGCCGGCUGCUGCAACCCAUCCGCGCCACGGUGCCCUACCAGCUCCUGCGGAGCAGCCAGCACAGUCCCACGCGCCCGCCCGCCGUAGCCGCCGCCGCCUCGCUGGGCAGCCUCCCGGGGCCCGGCGCGGCCCGCGGCCCCAGCCCGCCUAGCCCGACGCCGCCACCGGCCGCGGCCCCGGCCGAGCAGGCACCGCGGGCCAAGGGCCGCCCGAGACGGUCGCCCGAGAGCCGCCGGAGGAGCAGCUCACCUGAGAGACGGAGCCCCGGCUCGCCUGUGUGCAGAGUGGACAGACCAAAAUCCCAGCAAGUUCGAACCUCUAGUACAAUAAGGCGAACCUCUUCUUUGGAUACAAUAACAGGACCUUACCUCACAGGACAGUGGCCACGGGAUCCUCAUGUUCACUACCCUUCAUGCAUGAAAGAUAAAGCUACUCAGACACCUAGCUGUUGGGCAGAAGAGGGAGCAGAAAAGAGGUCACAUCAACGUUCUGCAUCAUGGGGGAGCGCUGAUCAACUAAAAGAGCAGAUUGCCAAACUGAGGCAGCAACUACAGCGCAGUAAACAGAGUAGCCGUCACAAUAAGGAGAAAGAUCGUCAGUCACCUCUCCAUGGCAACCAUAUAGCCAUCAGUCACACUCAGGCUGCUGGAUCAAGAUCAGUCCCUAUGCCACUGUCAAAUAUAUCAGUGCCAAAAUCAUCUGUUUCACGUGUGCCCUGCAAUGUAGAAGGAAUAAGUCCUGAAUUAGAAAAGGUAUUCAUUAAAGAAAAUAAUGGGAAGGAGGAAGUGUCUAAGCCUUUGGACAUUCCGGAUGGUCGACGAGCUCCACUCCCUGCUCACUAUCGGAGCAGUAGUACUCGCAGCAUUGACACUCAGACUCCCUCCGUUCAGGAGCGCAGCAGUAGCUGUAGCAGCCAUUCACCCUGUGUCUCCCCAUUUUGUCCCCCGGAAUCCCAGGAUGGCAGCCCUUGUUCAACAGAAGAUUUACUUUAUGAUCGUGAUAAAGACAGUGGGAGUAGCUCACCGUUACCCAAGUAUGCUUCAUCUCCCAAACCAAACAACAGCUACAUGUUCAAACGGGAGCCCCCAGAGGGAUGUGAGCGAGUGAAGGUCUUUGAGGAAAUGGCGUCUCGUCAGCCUAUCUCAGCCCCUCUCUUUUCAUGUCCUGACAAAAACAAGGUUAAUUUCAUCCCAACGGGAUCAGCUUUCUGUCCUGUAAAACUUCUAGGCCCUCUCCUUCCUGCCUCUGACUUGAUGCUCAAGAACUCUCCUAACUCUGCCCAGAGCUCAGCUCUGACCACGCUGACCGUUGAGCAGCUCUCAUCCCGAGUUUCCUUUGCAUCUCUCUCUGAUGACACCAGCACAAUGGGCUCCACAGAGGUCUCGGUCCAACAGCCAUCUCAGCAGCAGCAGCUUCUGCAAGAACUGCAGGGUGAGGAGCACAUCUCUGCUCACAACUAUGUGAUGAUCUAAGGCAAGGGGGAGCUGGCCUCUACCCUGUGUUCCAUGAAUGAGGAACUAGGUCUCAUACAUCUAUCUGCAUGGAGUGACAAACUUUUCUGACCACCACCACCAACAACAAAAUACUUAUCAGCAUCAUAAAGUAUCUCUUCACAUUGAUCUUGGCAGGGACGGAACUCCUAUUAGCAGUUUCUGUGGAAAGCAGUAAUGCUUGCAAAAUGUGUGUGUCAUUCAGCAUUUUAAGUGGAGACUAUGCAUUUCAUAGUAUGUUUGACAGAUUAGUACUGUGUCCUGUGUUUUGUUUCAAAUUCUUCAGUAUAAAUAAGCUCUAUAUCAAAAAGUUGCCUGUCUAAAUAGAAUGUCAACAAAACAAUGUCUUGCUGUGUUUUGUCUUAUGGAAAAUACUGUACUUCAGGAUUAUGUUUACAAUUGAUCCAGGUGUUUGUUUCUAACUUCUGUAAUACAUACAAUGCAAAAAAAUAAUAUAUAUAUAUAUGGCCACAACAGUUGCACAGUGCCCACCCUAUGGCCUAGCUUCAGGUACUUCAGUUGAAGUCUAAACUCAGGUAACUUGGAAUGUAUAUUAUAUUGGGAUAUUAAAUAUUUCACAGCUAAAAAGCUAAAGAGGGAACAUCACUCUUUUGCCUUUCCUUAUUUUAUGCAUUUCCCUUUCCUCAUUACAUUCCACAUUCUUGGAAUAAAAAGUGCAUUCAACCCUAGGAGAACGAUAGUCCUGGACAUGGGUGAACAUGAGGAGAACCAGCAAAUCUGUGAUGUCUGACAUCACUUUUGUCAUGUGGUUACAAGUAAAACAACUGUUGCAUUCAUUGUUUCAACAUGUGUAACGUGUAAACGUGGCUUUUUUUUUUUUUUAAUUCAGAUGUUGCUCAGCUAAUGACUGUUACAAUGUUGCAAAUAAAGUGUUCAGUACUAGGCGUACAUAACAUUCCACAUUGUGCAUGAUGAAAUUUAAAGACAAGGAUGUCUAGGUUUGAUUUCAAAACAAUUGAAAUUUCACAGGGGAUGGUUGAGAUUUUUAUUUAUGUUGGCCAUUAAGGUCAUGAAAUGCUACUGUUUUAUCUAAAGGCAUAUUAAUGUUUAGUUUCUCUUUUGGAAAUUCUUUAAUUUGCAGGUGAAAAAAUGACACACUCUUGGGUUUUGUUUUCUUUAAGCGGUUUAGGUGUAGGACCUGCAUUUACACAUAGAGAAUACAUAGGUCUCAGAAUUAAUGUUAACAUAAGUAAGCAGGUUAUUUGGUGAUUUACAAAAGCAAUAGUUUGAAGUUGUCUCAUUUAAGCCUCUCAUAAUACCAUUAAGAGUACUUUUGUUAAGAUUUUGAAUAUGGACAUAAACCCAAGUAAAUAGCCUUGAACUUGCAGACUUGACAUAACUUCUCAACAAAGCGUGAAGAGAGCCCUAGAUAUUCCUGUUUGGUCAGUGGGAUAACCCAACUUUCAGGUACUGUUUUCUGCAGCACAAAGAGGGUAUCCAAAAGCAAAAAGAAGCUUUUGUAUUUUUUAUUUCCUUGCUUUCAGUUCAGUAAAGCCUAGAGUUGUUUCAUCUGCACCUAAAGUGUAUGGCACAGUUUUCUUAAGAACAAGGAAAACAAGGUGCCUGCAGUUACAGGAGCGUUUCAGUUCCCUUUAACCAUUCCUUGGUUUUUUUUUUUUUUUGGCUUUUAUUUUCUAAAGACAUUGAAGGAUUAGAUGAUAAGAAAGCAACACAAUUUUUUCUUUUAAAGAAGUGGAUAUAUAUAUGUGUGUGUGUAUGUGUGUAUGUGUUUUGUUGCUCAUUAUUUUGUCAUGAUCCCAAUUCUCUUCUUUCCACCAAAGUUUGCAGUAAUAUUCCCUCCCGAAGGUGCAUUCUGGCUCCUUUAAAUUAGUCAGUGUUAUAGUGUAGGAGACUGUCAUGGAGAAAAGGACUCCGUUUACUUUCGCUGUUUCACAGAGGAACCUUUUAAAACAAUCUUUUCAGCAGCAGACACCUUUAACCCUAAUAAUCUCAGGCCUUGAUGAAAAUACUAUAUUUUGUAGAUUAUGGUUAAAGGGAGAAAAAUACUAGUUCCGUAAGAUAAAUAUGAGCUCCAUUUAACUUCUGAUCUCUGGUUUAGCAUUACAUAAUGUGUUGAUCUUAUGCUCUGCUUUUGUCCAAAUAAGAUGCAGUAGUAUCAAUAUCAAAUUCAGAAAGAUGGACUGAAUAUGCUUUUUUGGUGAUGAAAUCUGGUGUACGAUAUUUAUAGUGACGUGCUUUUAUUUUCUCAUGAGAAACUAAAUAUUAAUGAAUUGUGUUGUACAUUUGUUUUUAGCAUAUAUUAAAGUUUCGAACCAAAUGUGUUAAAGCUUAUGCUUUGCCGUGUAAAUUACCCAGAAGUUGUUGAGCUCAAAUGUAUCCUACAUCAGCUGUAGAAAUUUGUCAAAAAUUGUUUAAAUUUUGUAUAUAGUUGUACUGUUUAAUUCUAGCCACUGCGCUGAACAGUAUUGGAGUUACCAUACAAUAUGGCUUUACACAAGGAAAUACGUGGCUUUUGUUUUGUAUUUUUUUCAGUAUAGAAGUUCCUGUGUCUUAUUUAAAUAAAGUUAUUAGUAAAACUGGAAUAGUUCACGUAUGUUUUUGGAGACUGGGUGGUUAGCAUGGUACAAGACAGAAAUGAAUUCACCUCAAGGUAAUGAGUGGUAUUCAGUGCUCCUUGAGUUCCUGGCCUGCUUCUCUGGGCUGUAGGGCAUCUAACUGGAUAAGAUUGCUGCAGCCGGGUUUCCUCCUGACAUUUAAUUUACACACUUUCCGUCACAAAGGUAAGAAACUAGAUUUCUAAAGUUCCAAGUCAUUGUACUGCUCACAAUAUGAGUACCUUAAAUAGAGAGCAAAUUCUCCCCACUUCAUUAUUUAAUACCUAAGAAUUACUUAUGGAAGUGAGUUUUUUAAAUUCAGGGAAAUGACCUCAAAGGAAGUUGUGUAUUUCUUGCGAAGAAAACUGAAGCAAUAAUUUUUUUUACUCUUUUUUGCUUUUUUGAUGUUUAGAUUCAAACUAAGAGGGAGAAAAGCUUUACAAAAGAAAUAGGGUAAUGGUGGACCAUAUGGUGGCACAAAAGCAGAAACAAACCAGUUUGAGAAAUAAUUUACCAUUAGAGUGUUCUUCAGUCCCUAAAAAGAGCUAAACAGAUUGGUAAGAUUUGACCUUUAAAUUGAACUUUAAAAUGCCUGUUUAGUAGUUUUAGCUCACAAAAGUAAUAUAUAACUUUUUAAUGGUGAAAUUUAUCAGCCACCUACUUGAGUAUAAUACGUAGUUUAGGCAGGAAAUUAUCUACCCUAUACAAUUUAAAAAUUCCAUUGCAAGUGAAUGUGAAGUAAAAGUGGGAUUCUCAGCCCCAUCUCUGCUUGACUCAAUCAUAUAAUAAGCUUGAUAUAAACAGCUCUGAGAAACAAGUCAGUACUUGUAAAAACCUAAAAAACAGGGACGGGGAGAAUAGGCCUAAGAACUUACAUAUGUUUAACCUUGCUAGCUAGAAAUAAUCACUUGAGGUUUACUUAGGAAAAUUGCAAAAUGAAUGAUAAUCCCACCCCACAGCAUUUACAGACAUAGCUAGAGGUUUUUUGAAUGUCUCCUCACCAGGGCAGGACAUGCCCAGUUAGGAAUGUAUUUAAUUGUUUUAUUCUGAUAAAUCGGGUGCUAGGUGAUUGGCUUUUGAGAUCAAAUUAAGUCUUGUCCCUUGCUUUGAAACCUACUGGGCAAAAGGAAAGUAUUUGAAGACCAGUUACAGGGAAGGUUCCAUUAAGAAAAAGUCAGUUGGUUAUAAAAGUUGAUAAUAGAAUUUAAACAUGAUUUUAUUGAACAUUAAAGUCAUCUGAGGACAAUAUCCUUCACAUUCUCUCUGUGAACUUCAUUCAUCUUGCACUAGCUGUUGGUCUUAUAUGCUAACAUAGAAUUUUAUUUGUUCUGUGCCCUGAAUUGUCAUGAGAUAACGUGGGCUAAAUUCAGCUACUGAAAUGAAUCAUUUGUCCCGUUACUUGGUUUGAUGACUUUGGAAACUACAUUAUGCCCUAGGGAAAAUAUUAUUAACUGCCUCAUUACCUCAUCACAUCCUACAAUUCUUACAUAUAUUUGUUUCUUGUCCUCAAAAGGCAGCCUAUUGCCGAACCAAACCUAUUGCCGUCAAGUCAAUUUCCGACUCAUAGUUACCCUAUAGGAGAGAGUAGAACUGCUCCAUAGGGUUCCAAGUUGCUGCUGGUGGAUUUAAACUGCUGACUUUUUUGGUUAGCAGCUGAGCUCUUAACCACUUUGCCACCAGGGCUCCAUAUUCUACAAUUACAUGUAUUUGUUUCCUUGUCCUCAAAAGGCAAGGCCUCUCUAAAGGAUCUCUAAAGGAAUUUGCCUACCUACCAUCGUACUCCCAUCUAUUUCUAUGUUCUCAGGCACUUCUCUCUCAGUUCUCCCUUUCGUUUUAGGAAUCCCAUCUGACUUAGAACAAAUAGAUUCAAUUGUGCUGUCCUCCCACUCCUAAGAAGAUCUCAUACCUUCACUUGAAUAUAAUACCUCUUUCUGGUGUCUGUCCACUGCUUUUCUUUGGUCCCGGGUUGCCUCCACUGCCUUGCCCCACAUUCCCCUAAUUUGCAAUAUACUGCAGAAGCAGAGGUCAUCUAUAGUCUCUUUUUGGCCAACUCCCCUCCCCCACCAGCCCAGCAUUGUCCUUGUCACCUCUACCAUUCAAGAAACAUUUCCGGGGUCAUAAAACUUAGUGUUUAAGGAACUCAGUCCAGGGGGAGUUACAGAGACAUAAAUGAUCAUACUGGGGGCCGUGCAGAUAGUCUAGGAACACUGAGGAGGCACCAAUCCAGCCAUGGGAUGAGAGUUUAUCAGGAGAGCCUUCAGGAGAUAAUGAAGCCUGAUUACUACUAUAAAAGGCUAAUAGAAGCCACUUCUCUAUACCAAUGUCCUCCCUGUAGAAUGAAGGUGGUGAUUAGUUUUACCUUGAGGUCCCUUCUAGUUCUGAAGUUU